ACGGUCAUGAUCGGCUAAUAUGCGGUGUCGACAGUGCUAUUUUUGUUCGGAAAUAUCGCGGAUUUCUCGUUUCGCAGUUUAAUAAUCUUCGUUGGUUGAUUUCUUGCGUAACAAACGCUUUUGCCUGUGUUUCAAAAAAAAAAGUUUUAUCAGUGAAAGUUGGGCGUAUUACUGUUUCAACGGCUGAUGUGCAUACGCGCGCGGCAUCAAACAGUUUGCCGCUUUUUCCCGCUUCUAGGUUAUGCUAGUGUUGGGCCUAAAAAUAAACAAAACGCUUUGGUCGUAGUGAGCUACGAUGGUGCGAACUGAGGAUGUUACGUCGAUCCGGAUUGUGAGUGUUGACCACUAUAUGCAUAAACCGGAGCCCCAGUUCGACACAUGCUACUCCGAGUUUAGGGGAUCCGAUGUUAAACAGGUUCCUGUCAUCCGACUUUUUGGGUCCACAUCGGAUGGAGUCCAUUGCUGUGUGCACAUUCAUGGUGUGUUCCCCUAUAUAUACGUUCCUUACGACGGCAACAUGUCGAAUACUUCGGCCGUGGAUGUGUUGAUGUACCAAAUCGCGUCCAGCCUGGACAAGGCUAUCAACAUAUCGUUAGGCAAGGCAAAUUCCCCCGUAAGUCAUGUCUUUCGGAUAGCGCUGGUCAAGGGAGUACCUAUCUAUGGAUAUCAUCGGAAGGAGCAUCAGUUUUUCAAGAUUUACCUCUAUAACCCGCACUUCACCCGGAAAGCGACAAACUUACUGAUGAACGGUGUCAUCAUGUCUCGAGUUUUUCAAACAUUCGAGACGCACGUUCCCUACAUACUGCAAUUUUUCAUCGAUUACAAUCUGUACGGAAUGAGUUUCCUCCGGGUUUCAGACCACGCGAUUCGCGAGCGAGACGGUUCGAAUGAUAUGCCCCAGAAAAUGUCCACAUCGGAGUAUGAGAUUGAUAUUCUCGCAUCGGAUAUUCACAAUCGCAACUCUGUGGAGGAAGAAAAACGCUCCGAGUAUGCCAAUCCCGGCAUCGCAUCCAUUUGGGAUGAUGAAAAAGCGCGAAGAGAGUGCUUAGGGAUGGAACAACCGCAAGCGUUGAGUCAAUCGCAGAGUGGAAAGGUAGAAAUUGUGACCGACAGCGAUCGCUUCUAUCGAUCACUGCUCGCUUCCAAGCUUGCUUGUGAGGGAAAGGUUAGUAAGCCGGCGGAGGGUGAGGUCAGAAGAAUCAAACCACCGGUUUCUUUCUAUCCAUCGGAAGCGGACGAUGAGGAUCACCUGAUGGAGGCUUCGUUUGUUCAGAAUCAUAAACAACAAGCGUGCCAGUACACUUCGUUUAACCAGUCGAACUCAGUGUAUGAUUUUGAUGAGAGCGUGAUAGAUGAGGAACGGAUUGUAAGCAUGUCCCAGAAUCCGAAUGCAUCUUUCGCCGAUGAGGACCACGCACUGUUGGAUGUAAUGAGAGAAUUGGAGGAGAAUGAAAACAACGACGUGGACGGGGACAGUCUGCUGGCGCCAUUGUCGCAACCGAGUCAAAAAAUCGUUUUAUCCGCCGGGGAAAGCGGCAUUUCACAGUCACAGUCGGCCAGUAAAAGGAUGAAUGUCACUUUGAGUGGGUUAAUUAUGGGAAAUGACAACGUUGAAGAGCAAGAACAGCGAGUUGACGAGGAUGCAUUGGAUUCAGAUGAUGAAUUUCUUCUGGACUAUACGAUGAAGUUAGAUGCGCAUGCUGAAGUUAGCGGAAUCGGUGUUGAGGGGAACGCCUUACUCAACGACAGUAACGACGACAUUCUCGCGAUUCCACAACUGGACGGUGCUCACAGCGAUCUCCCCACUCUGACGACGAAACGUACGCGUGAAAAUGGAUCGCUGGCUACUGUUAGCGUCAACGGUGUACAGACAAACGGCCACGAGCCACUCCGGAAGCGACUACGCCAUUCAAAAGAAUUGAAACAACAAAAUGGCCACGGUCCGAAAAAACGAGUACUCACGAAUGGAUCGAUUUCGGCGUCUUUAUCGCCUCGAGCAAGCAAGCAGAUAAAACUGGGACAGUCCAAAUCCGUCGGGACACUAACGAACGGAGCUCCCAAGAAUAACGAGAUGCCACCCCUCAAGGAAGCUAAAGUCAGAUUAUCAAAGAUUGAUUUAUCCAGUUAUCGGCUUCCACCACGUGAAUCGCCGAUUAAGGACUCCAAACGAGACUCUUCGCCGUACGAUGAAUUUCGGCUGGCCCGAGAGUACGAUAUAGCCAACAACUGGGAUCCCCAAGAGGGACUGUCGCGUAUUUCGGCACCCAAGCGUCGGGGUCGACCAAAGAAGAACAAACCAAGAGGCGGUGGGUGGAAAAUUCCCAAACGUCCACCCACUCCCGAGCCGGAACCCGAGAUCGAUGUGGUUCUCUCGCAGAACUUCCAGAACAUUAUAAAAUUAUCACCGAAAGUUCUUCUGAAGCCACUCAGCGAACAGCAGAUGAAGGAUCUGAAGCCGGAAAGGAACGGCAAAACGAAUGGUGCGAUCGAGACGAUCGAUAUUUCUAGUGGGUCUGAGGUUGUUCUUGUGACAGAUGAAGAGUCUCGUUCGUCUGCGAGCCAGAAAACUCACGAGCUACCCGAAAUUUCCCAGGAUGCGAGUCAAAUUGAGUCAUUUUCACCCCAACACAAUCGAUUACCGAUUGACGGUUCGCCAAUGGUCGUAACAGAUAGCGUGGAAGAUGAAGAGGAUGAGGAUGAUCUCAGGAUCAAAAGUUUCUACGAACCAACGCUUACGUUUGACGAUUUCGACGAAAUGGGAUCUGAGACCGACGAAAGCAUGGUUGAGCCUCUCAAAUUUCCCAUGGCUGAGAAGGAUCCGAAAGCUAUUAUAACGCUGAAAGAAAAUCCACCUUCGAUGGAAGAUGCGUUGCGAGCAUUGCAGGAAUUCCAGAUACCACAAGUGGUGAACCAAGAACCUUUCUACAGCAAUCCCGCCGAUGUAACCGGCCGGAAGGAAGUGGGUAACGUUGUUUUGCACAUCGCAGGGAACAAUUUGAAUGACAUGGAAGAGUUCAAGAGUGUUGUUAGUGGCCUUGGGUCGAUUAAUCAAGCCCGGUAUGAGAAAUUGAGACUUGUUUACGGCGAAAGUCUGAACCAAAUUUUGGGAGAAUCUCACUCUCGCGUGAGUAGUGGCCGAAUCAAGGAACUGCUUGCAUCCGAACGAGCCGUAAUUAUUCAUCCUGCGGCAAAACCACCCACCAAACACGAAGCCAAAGUUUGGCUCAAAGCAGUGGGAAGUAUUAAGGCCGACGAAGCUGCCAUCGAGCAGGACAGUCCAAUCAAAAUAAAAAAGAUGCAAGCAAUUAUGAGUGGGGAGCUCACGGAUGAUGCCAAGCCGAGGAACAAAAUUGACCCCGAAAGCACACUCAAUCUGAGUUCCCUGAUUACGGAUGAUUAUGAACAGGGUGGUAGCGAGAGGAAAACCCUUGUAUCGCAAAUUUUUUCGAUGAAUACGAAACAUUCACCAGGAAGUGCCUCGCCAGCUGUUUUCACAGCCUCAGGCGCAGAUCGGUUGGAACUGUUAAGCUACAGCGCGAGGAGAAAAAGAAGAAAACAUUCAAAAGCGAGACUUUCAUUAAGUGUUGCAUUUAAACGGUUAAAGGAAUCCACGCGUACUGAAGAAAAAAGUAUGGCCAUUGAUGAAGUUUCAUCUCAAAGUAUCGAGCCUGGGCAACAAGAAGAGAUAAAAGACGACGCUGUUAAUGCUUCACAGAUAACCGACCAAAGCAAUCUCUCCCAAAGUCCGAACGUUACAGCAUCCAAUCAAACAACGAUUCCUCACAGCGCCGAAGUGGCAUCCAUGAAGGAGCGGCUUCUUUGCGAGGGUCACCCACAGCUGGACAAUACGGGAAACAUUUCUGCCACGACGCCUAACAACAACACCUACGGCUUCAAGGUUAACUACGAAAAUCUCCAACAGGCCAAAGCGACGUGCGAGUACAAUUAUCUAACCAUAAUGUCGGUUGAAGUUCACGUUCAAACGCGUGCCGAUUUACGACCUAACCCGGCAAUCGAUCCAAUCUCUGCCAUUUUCUAUCGCAUCCAUAAUGACGUCCCCGAGGGACACCGACGGGCACCUUCUGUGUGUGGUAUUAUCCUAAACCACGAGCAUAGAACGGCCGACAGCGAACGUUCCGAUCCGUUCACAUAUAACAACUGCAGCUACAGUGCUGAUGUCGUGACGGUACCAAACGAGCGAGAGUUGUAUGAAAAAUUUCUGACAUUGAUAUCCUUCUGGGAUCCGGAUAUAUUUGCUGGAUACGAAAUUGAGCAGGCUUCCUGGGGCUUCGUUAUCCAGCGCGGUUAUGUGCUGGAGAUGAACCUGAUGAAGAUGCUGUCGAGAGUUCCCACGGCGGAGAAGGUACAGGUUUCCGAGGAGGAAGAACAGGACCUGCUGGAGAUGCACGAGUAUAGUGCUGGUUUGAAGAUUCCCGGCAGAAUACUGCUGGACAUUUGGCGCCUGAUGAGACACGAGAUUGCACUGACUUCGUACAGUUUUGAGAAUAUUACCUAUCAUAUCCUACAUCGACGAGUACCGCGUCAUUCGUUCAGACAUCUGACGAGGUUGUGGAAUAAGUCGUACUCCAAGUGGAUCGUGCUGGAGUACUAUCUGGAACGGGUGAAUGGAAACCUGGAGCUGCUACAACAGUUGGAUUUGAUCGGACGGACCGCAGAGUUGGCGAAACUUUUCGGCAUACAGUUUUACGAGGUUCUCUCAAGGGGUUCCCAGUUCCGGGUGGAGAGCAUGAUGUUGAGGAUAGCCAAGCCAAGAAACUUUGUUUCGGUUUCACCCAGUAUACAGCAGCGUGCCCAUAUGCGCUCGCCAGAAUAUCUUCCGCUGAUUCUGGAGCCAAACUCUAGGUUCUAUGCCGACCCGUUGAUCGUUUUGGACUUUCAAAGUCUGUAUCCGAGUAUGAUCAUCGCGUAUAACUAUUGCUUUUCGACAUGUCUUGGACGAGUGGAGCAUUUGGGACAAGCAGAACCGUUCGAGUUUGGCGCUUGCCAUCUUCGAUUGUCACCUCGGAUGCUGAAAGCUUUGGUGGAAAAAAAUCUCAUCACGGUUUCGCCAUGUGGUGUUGUGUUCGCUAAAUCGAGCGUUCGUGAAGGCAUCCUGCCAAGAAUGCUGAACGAAAUACUGAUGACACGACUGAUGGUUAAGGCCUCGAUGAAACUGCACAAAACGAAUAGCGCUCUGCAGCGGGUGCUGCAUUCCCGCCAGCUUGGCUUGAAGCUCAUCGCAAACGUGACGUAUGGAUACACCGCGGCCAAUUUCAGCGGUCGGAUGCCAUGCGUUGAGGUCGGCGAUAGUGUUGUCAGUAAAGGGCGUGAAACUCUGGAGCGGGCCAUCAAGAUGGUGGAAGCUACGGAACGAUGGGGUGCGAAGGUGGUGUAUGGUGAUACGGAUUCUCUGUUUGUGCUCUGCCCCGGUCGGACGAAAGAAGAUGCGUUCAAAAUUGGGGAGGAAAUUGCUGACGCUGUGACAAAGGAUAAUCCACCACCGGUGAAGUUGAAACUGGAAAAAGUUUACCAGCCGUCAAUCUUGCAGAAUGCGUGGAGCGAUUGUACGCAACAAUAUGCUCUCUCAAGCCGAAAUCGACGAGACCAAGCAGCAGGCGCAAAGAGAACUAAGCUCCAGAACAAACAGAGCAAGCGAUGUAUCGAAACGAAGUUCAGUACGGCAGAGCAAUUCAUUCGCGAGUGGGGCCCGCGAAUCAUUAGCAUCAGUGGAUGACACAGUACAAUCCCCUGAGCCGGAAGACCCACAGCCAGAUCAACAUUUAUUUCGCGAUUUGAUCUUCCAUUACGACGAGGUGAUCUCACAGUUUCGCAACACGAACCCUUUGUCGCGCCCCAGGAUUCCAAAGUUGUAGCAUUCCCGCAGGCUGACAAGUACAGUAAAGCACAAGAACGAGCACGUUCUUUCGCUCCAUUUGGUUGAUGCUCAGAAUUACUGUGCUGUUGUGGCCACAGCUUGAAGUUUGGGAUACCGCGUGAGGCCAAAAGAUUGGAGCAACGGAUCCAAUACAAGCGUGUCGCAAUUUGAAGGCUGAUUGCGUACAACAGAGCCAUCAGAUCGUCGAAAUUAUGGGCCCUAUUCCAGAAAACGAGACGAGCAAUUCGUCUCGUUUCGUCUCGGCUUCAGUCACUGUCGAGACGAGCAAAAUAUCCCAUUCCAGUACGCGAGUUUCAUUGAAAUGUUUUAUUUGGUAGACUGGAGAGACUUCAGUCAGUUUUUCUCGAUAUGAUCAGUGAUGUCAGAUGAGAAGACAUGUUUUUGUUUUGAGAAAAACAACAAACAGUUUUAAAAUUGAUCAAUCGAUUCUCUUUUCUCAGUGCCAAAAUAUUUAAAAAAACAUAACAAAAAGAAAUAUGUUUCAUAUAUCUUUUGGUUUCAUUGAUAUUUUUCCUCGAGCAUAUGGUUUUAUCACUCAGACGUUUUGUUAUUAUGGAUUUAUUGAGGGUAAUGUUUGUUCACCUAAUCAACGAUUUAUCAAGAAAAGUUUUAAAUCUAUAUAUACGUAUUUCCAAUAAAGUAGUUGUUUUGAAUUACUCAUUUUCGUUCAAUAUGUGAAGACCCUUUUUGUGCCGUGUUCAUAUAUUCAAAACAGUAAUCUAGCAUCCCUGGAUAUGAGUUCAAUGUUUACAUUUGGUUGUGUUGUUUGGGAGAGGUCCAUUUGAAAAUAUGUAAAAUCUUGCAAUUACUGAAUUGAGUUUGAUGGUUGCAGUUGAAAACAUACAUUGUUUAUGCAAUACUAGUUUAGCCGUGAAACAAUUUUUGAAGAUAAAGGCGGAGCAGAAGAAUACCGAUGCUUUCAAUCAACAAGGUGAACAAACACAUCAAACAAACUAGACGAUUCGACUGAUUCAUCGACGAGCGCGGCUAAACGGUCUGUUUUUAGUCGAGCUCGGCUUCUGGAAUAUGAAAACAAACGAGACGAGCGCUCGUCUGCUCGUCUCGUUUUCUGGAAUAGGGUCUAUGUCGCCAAGUUGUUGUAAUCGUGCGGCCUACUGAACUUCGCCAGCUGGGAGCUCACUAACUGACGGAAAAAACUCGACUCGCUAGUACAGUAAUUGAACGUCUUAUCGAAACGGCUGAAUCGUUACUCUGACUCUGCAAAGCGCCAAGAACAAAAUCGGAUGUUCAGAGAUAACGAAAAAGCGUUCUACAACCAAAUAAGCAACGAGAAGCCGGACUACAGCGAAGGAUUGCCAAAUAUUAGCGAUGUGACGAACUUCUGGGCUGGUAUUUAGGAGACCCCAGUACAACAUCGCGACGAGCAAAUGUGGUCAAAAUGGGAGGAGAAGACUUGUGGUAAAAUUAGAGAGAUUCCAGCUACCAUCGUCGGAGAGAACGCGAAGCCUUUGCGGUACCUAAGGAACUGGCCAGAACCGGGCCCCGAUGAUGUUCAGAACAUCUGGCACAAGGAACUGACCGUCGCACAUCCAAAGAUAGCCGAGUGUUUCAACAAGAUGUUACGUGGCCCACACAACCUUCUUGAAUCCGCCACCCGUGGCGUCAUCUUUCUCCUCCCGAAAGACAGCAGCACAUUGAACCCAUCAAAGUACAGAUCGAUAACGUGCCUAUCGAGUCUGUACAAAUACUAAGCAGCAUCAUAACUGCCAACAUUUUUACUCACUGCGAACAACAUCACAUCAUCGCAGAAGAACAGAAAGUGUUGCAUAUCGACCUUACGUGCGUGUAACGACGUUGUCGAAUCAUUGCAACCUAAUCCAGCGCAGAACAUCACACAGAUACAACCUUCAACAAUUGUCUAUUGUCCUGCUAUGAUGUGAAAUCAAAAUAUAGGAAUGUAGUACUUUCUUCCAUGUUCGACCUCAGAAUUGUGCAGGCGUGUAUUUAAUAAAAAUGUAUUCCUUUUGACUGUUACCA